AACCGUUGAGUGGGCAGACUUGCCCCUUUUAAACUCUAGCAUUUUAGAAAGGUGAUAGCUUCGUUCAAUUAGCUGCUGGUCGUUUGAUGUUAUCUUUUUACUAACGUUUGGGCUUCGGAUAAAGAUCAGUUAAGACUUGACGAGGCGAAAGGACGAUUCGACGUAUGCUACAUUUGUUUAUAAUCUGCGGGAAUUCUUGUUUUUGCAUCGUUCCGCUGCAAAAGCUCCUGUCUACUGUAAACCAUGGCAGCUGACUGCGAGGCUUGGCUGAACGCAAACCCUGUUGAAGCCGAGGAUCUCAGCGAUUCCUUCAUUUCUGCUGAGGAAGACAAUGGAGGGUCCGGUGGCACCAAUAAGAACAUCAGCAAUGAGAUCAACGGCAACUGGUUGUCUUCCUCCAGCAACAACCUCCAUGAGGCUCGUCUGAAGGCAAAAGCCAAGCGUAGGCUGCGAAAAAACUCCUCCAGGGAUUCAGGCAGGGGGGACUCCCUCAGUGACAAUGGGGAAGUAGCGAGGGGAACCCCUAUUGUGCCAACAAGCCCCAAAAGCAAGCUGCUUGACCGAAAGUCCCGAAUGGGGAAGGGUAGAGGCCUGCCAAAAAAAGGUGGGGCAGGAGGAAAGGGUGUGUGGGGAAGAUCGGGUGAAGUUUACGAACCGGUGGAAGUGGACAAGAAAGACCCCAACUUUGACGAAGAUCAGGAAAACUGUGUGUACGAGACAGUGGUGCCUCCAUUGGAUGAGAGGGACUUUGAGAAGACGGUCACCCCCAUAGUGCAAGAGUACUUUGAACACGGAGACACAAAUGAAGUAGCUGAGCUGCUGGCAGACCUGAACUUGGGGCCCAUGCGGAGCGAUGUGCCCUCGCUUGCUGUGUCUCUGGCUCUGGAGGCCAAGACAAGCCAGCGGGAGCUCACCUCCAGGCUGCUGGUUGACCUGUGUGGAAGUGUUCUCUCUCACAGCGACAUGGAGUCCUCUUUUGACAAACUGCUCAGAGAUCUGCCUGAUCUGGUUCUGGAUACACCUGGAGCACCUCAAUUGGUCGGCCAGUUCAUUGCUCGGGCUGUUAGUGACCAAAUAUUGUCCAAAAGCUACAUCGAAGGCUACAAAGGCAAAGUCGACUGUGAACAUGCAAGAGCGGCGCUAGAUCGAGCAGCCGUGCUGCUGAAGAUGAGUAUGGGUGGUCUUCGCGUAGACACCCACUGGGGGAUGGGAGGAGGCCAGAGACCUGUCAUACAACUCAUCAAAGAGAUGAACCUGCUACUGAAGGAGUACAUCCUGUCUGGAGACGGCAAGGAAGCAGAGAGAUGCCUUCGAGAUCUAGAGGUCCCACAUUUCCACCAUGAAUUUGUCUAUGAGGCAAUCGUGAUGGUGUUAGAAUCCCGAGGGGAGAAAACAUUCAAAAUGGUGCUGCAGCUACUCAAAUCACUCUCUCUGUCUUCCAUCAUCACUGUGGACCAAAUGCGAAGGGGCUAUGAAAGAGUUUACAUGGACAUUGACGAGAUAAACAUUGAUGUUCCUCUUGCAUAUUUUAUCCUUGAACACUUUGUGGAUAAGAGCUUUCGCAUGGGAAUCAUUAGUGUAAAGUUAAGAGAUCAAUGUCCCCACCGGAACCGAAAGAGGCUUGUCAGCGAGGGCGACGGUGGAGUUGUGAAAUUUGAACGGUACUAAGGAAGCCUUUUUAUGAGCCAGAAUUCCAAAAAAGAAGUGGAAAAACUUACACUUUUAGUAAAAUAUUUUCCCUUCUGACUGUAAUUCUGGAAAAACAAAAUCUGCACUUUUGAUUUAAACUGAAGUAGACCACUUUUCUCAAGUGCUUCUAUACAAAUAUUUACAUAAGCUAACCCUCAAAGUGCCACCUCUCAGUGUCAGUCAUUCCAUGUUGUUUUGUACAGGUUUUUUAUUGUUAUUUUCCGGUUUUACUGCCACUCCUUUUGUGUUCUCCAAGAGCAGUGUUUGUACCAAGAUACCUAAUUUGUGAUAAGAGCUUUAUGAAUCUGUGGAAGAUUUAAAAAUAAAGGGAGGAUGUUCAUCCAA